GGUUUGACAGGCGCAAAAACUCAAAGACGCAUGAUCAAUUUUCUCUGUCCUUAUCCUUUAUAGAGAUUUACUUGGCCAUAUAGCAAAUAUCGAUUAUAAAAUAGGCCACGGGUCUGAUAUCUCUUAAAAUGAGGUGUUCAGUUGAUAUUUGAUUUGGGAUAAGAUGUUGGGGAAGGCCGUGUUAUGUUUGACCUUAUAUUUGUAUAGUGUCGUGGCGCAGAAUGACUGCACGGACCUACGAGGGAGGUUGAUAAGCCACGGGUUGCACUACGUGCCAGGGCCGGACACCUGUACGCUAUGCGUGUGUGACAACGGCGGACCCAAGGCCUGCAAGGCCGUGCUGUGCUCGCCCCCGCAGGAUUGUCGAUCAUUUCGCGUCGGCAACACCUGCUGCGAGUUCAUCUGUUUGGACGACGUGGUGAAGCCCGCAGACGGGUCGGAGAGCAACCUGCGCAUGGCGGCCGGCGGUGCGGUGGCCGUCGCGCUCCUCACGGUCGCGCUGGUGGUGUACCGCGUGAGGAGGCAGAAGAGGCGGAGGCCGCCGCAUGCUGAUGACCAGAGGAGUCUUACUAGCAUCGGAUACAUCAGUGGUAGCAUGGGCUACAUGGGCGGCACUUGCGAGACAGCGUUAGCGGGCUGGAAACCGCCUGGCAACUACAUGCCCCGUGGCGAGGCCCCGCCACCGUAUGACGAGGCCAUCGCGCAGUGCUCCGAUGGCAUGAGAAUGAACACCGAAACGCCGUUCCAUCGGACCUACCCAACCAACCUCGAGACCAUGGUCCGGGCCGACGACGCCAUGCAAUGUUCCGGGCACGGCUACAUCAACAUACCGCGGCCUGUGCAACAGAUGCCAAACCCGCAGAAUUGCUUCGCAGCGCCGCUGCUACAACCGCAUCCCGAACCACGCGAGCCUGUUAUGCACCACCCGCUCGCACCUAACAUGGUGGGGUUCCCUAGUGCGAUCCGGCUGACGGGCUCGCUGGGCGCCAUCAGCCACCGCGGCCUCAGCGUGCUGCCGCGCGAGCCCGAGCCGGAGCGCCCGCACAACGUGCCCGGCUUCUACACGAGCCCUGCCAAUUCCUCGCUACACCGUACAAUCCCGCGCAUCUCCACCGCGAUCGACACAACCAUACUCGACAUGUCCAUAGCCGGCUUCAAUCGCUGCGAUCGCUCGCUCCACAACGAGAUACGGCGCUCGUUCCACAAGCCCAGCGAGCGAGCCAUGGCUGACACGGGGCGGAGUAUGCCAAGGAAUCUCAACCUCGCUUCCAGUGGGGGGUCAAGAGCUCACAGCGAAGAGCACAACGUGGGUGGGAUCGAGCCGAAGCCCCUAAAGGCUGCCGGCAAACCUGCCGCGAACGUCGCUGGACCUCAAACCACACUGCCGCUCACGGUUGAUAAGCCGUCGUGCGUAUGCAGUUACUCGAGCGGCGCGCCGGACGGCGAACCGGACGGACCUGACGACUAUCGCAGCGAGUGCGAGAAUUGCAAGUCCGCUACCAGCUCCAGAUGGGUGCUAGACCCGUCGUGGCGCGACGCGGAGGACGAGGGCACGCAGACGCUGCAGCGCCGCGCGCCGCCGCCCGCGCCGCCGCCGCCCGCCACCGCCACGCUGCCGCAGCCCGUCACCAAACAGCGGCCGACGGGAGGCCCGCAAUCCAACUGGGAGAACUGGUUCAACACUAUCCCCGACUCCGACACUGAAUCCGAAGAAGAGUGAACAUUCUCCUCCCAACAACAGCAACACUCUUGACUGACCAUCAGGCAUCAGUGGACCUUAUCUCUUUGCAAUAAGGUUUACAAAUUGUCAGAUGUGUGUAAACGAUGGUAUACAAUAAGUAUUACUGGUUAACUCUUGGAACGCCCUGCUAGUUCGUGUGUCUUUUCUGGAAUAAUGAACCUACGUAGUACUAGAGGAGCGGCGCGAUCCCGAGAUAGAUUACCCGUCUUGUUCUAACUAUAUUAAUUAAAGAGGGACCGUCGCUCCUGUGCUGUCAACUUACAGAGUUACAAUUUAAAACUUCCUUGCAACGAAUGCUGGGCGUUUCGUGUCAAGCUAGAACCCAUUCCGUGAAAUAUGGACAUACUAAAUUAUUCACUUUAAAGCAGCAUC